AUGGCAUCUUCUCUCCCUCGCGAGGUCGUCAUCGUCGCCGCCUCCCGCACUCCCGUCGGCUCCCUCAACGGCGCGCUCAAGACUCUCACCGCGCCCCAGCUCGGCGUCGUCGCCCUCAAGCACGCGCUGGCCCAGGCCAAGCUCGAGCCAUCCGUCGUCGAGGAGCUCUACUUUGGCAACGUGAUCCAGGCCGGCGUUGGACAGUCGCCCGCGCGUCAGGUCGCGCUGCUCUCUGGCCUGUCGCACUCGUCGGACGCCACAACGGUGAACAAGGUCUGCGCCUCGGGUAUGAAGGCGACCAUGCUUGCUGCAUCCGCCAUUGCGCUCGGCGACCGCGAGGUUGUCGCAGCAGGCGGAAUGGAGAGCAUGUCCAACGCGCCCUUCCUCCUGCCGCGGCAGAACCCGGCGUUCGGCGCGUUCCAGGCGCGCGACGCGAUGGAGACGGACGGCCUGCAGGAUGCAUACGACAAGUCGUCCAUGGGCAUCUGCGGCGAGAUCUGCGCGGAGAAGUUCGGCAUCAACCGUGAGGCGCAGGACGCGCACGCGAUCGAGUCGUACAAGCGCGCGGCCCGUGCGUGGUCCGAGGGCGCGUUCGACGCCGAAAUCGCCCCCGUGACGAUCAAGGGCAAGAAGGGCGACACCGUCGUGAAGGAGGACGAGGAGUACAAGCGCGUCGUGUUCGAGAAGAUCCCGACGCUCAACCCCGCCUUCAAGAAGCCCGACGGCACCAUCACCCCCGCCAACUCCUCUUCCCUCAACGACGGCGCAUCCGCCAUCAUCCUCAUGAGCGCAGACAAGGCAAAGGAGCUCGGCGUCAAGCCCAUCGCACGCGUCGUCUCCUUCGCAGACGCCGGUAUUGAGCCCAAGCUCUUCCCGGAGGCACCUACCCUUGCCCUGCCCAUCGCCCUCAAGAAGGCCAACUUGAAGGUCGAGGACAUUGCCCAGUUCGAGAUUAACGAGGCCUUCUCCGUUGUCGUUCGCAUCGCCGAGAAGAAGAUGAACAUCGACCCCGCAAAGAUCAACGUGAACGGUGGCGCCGUCGCCCUUGGUCAUGCCAUUGGUAACUCGGGCGCACGUAUCCUCGUCUCGCUCACGCACUCGCUCAAGUCGGGCGAGUACGGUGCGGCCGGUAUCUGCAACGGUGGUGGCGCCGCGUCGUCUAUGAUCAUCCAGAAGCUGUAA